AUGUCCAGUGGUAAACGAAAGAGAUAUUCCCUGAACUUUUCAGCUCCGGCAUCACCUAUAACACCGUCAAUUCCCGAAUUCAAUUUUGACCAAAAUUCGAGUUCUGGGGCGUCAAAUAAGCCCUUACAAAGACCGUCAUCGACGCAGGGUUUGGGAUUGGGGAGGUCCCAAUCCCAAAGAACGAACGCUACAGGGUCGUUUUACAAAGUACCAAAUAAUGAUUUUCGUGUCACCUCUUUCGAUUCACUGACGGAUUCAGCAUCCAUUAAACUAAUAUUAAUUGGAGAUGCGGCUGUGGGCAAGACGGCCAUGAUCCUGAGUUAUUGCAACGAACUUCCGACGCGAGCACAAUUGGAGCUGGUUUCCAGUGCUAGCAAAACGAAUUUGAGAGGAAAUGGCAAUGAUAAACGGAUUCAGCAGCUUAAAAAAAUCGAGAAACGUAAACGGUACAGUCUGAACGAUUACGAUAAGCUUUUUAACGGACCAUUGGAUCAAGAACUCCAAUUAGCCCAAGAAUCCGUCUGUGAACCAAAAACAGAAAGAAUCGAUCCUAACGAAAUCAUAAUAGACACGAGAACCACGAUAGGCGUCGAUAUAAGGACAAAUCUAGUCAAUAUCGACAAUAGGUACUUCAAGGUAAUAAUGUGGGACACUGCCGGCCAGGAACGCUACAGAAACGCAAUGAUACCGUCAUUGUACAAGGGAUCCAAUGGCGUUCUCUUAAGCUACGACAUCACCAGCUAUGACAGUUUCCGAAACUGCUGCAAUUAUUGGUUCCAAGAAGUGCUCGAAAAUUGUCCUCACCGGGAGAAGCUUAGAUUUUAUCUUGUUGGCAACAAAAUCGAUCUUUACCAGGCCCGGGAAGUGACGCACGAGGAUGUACUGGCCUUUGUAGAUAAAGCAGAAACGCAGCUGGGCGUCAGUAUCGCUGGCAAUUUCGAAGUUAGCUGUAAAUGGCAUCAAGUCGUAGACAAAAGUUUCAACAUCAUUAUCAAAGAUUUGAUAGAAAACGGUUGUUACGAUGACAGUGAGUGUCACCCUGUAGAAGAACUCAAUCGCAUCGAGGAGCCGCCGGAAAGCAAUAAAGGUGAUGAGAUCGAAAAGAGGUCGAUUUCCGGUGGCUCAAGUGAGGGUUUGUCGAUCGGCGCUAAUGCGUCAAGGCUGACGCGUCGUAAACACACUCAGAAGAGUGAAACAAUAGACAUCUCAAAACCCUUCAAACAGACUGAUAGACGCAGCAACGUCGGUUGCUGCUUGUAA